AUGACUGUUAGGCUAAUAUUUUACACGAGUUGCUCCGGCACAGGGCAGGUAAAAUGGGAGCUGCUGGGAGUCCUAACCGUUUUGAACAGCCUGAUUUUAUUGCUAAAUGUGAACUACAAGGAAAACAUAAACCAUUUGAAUAACAAGAAGAGCGAAACGAGCGACAUAAAUGAUGAUUUGAUAAAUGUUGAUAUGAACGAGUUUAGCAACAAUGAGAAGGACGAAAGCAGCGACGAAAGUGAAAGAGAGAAGAAGUACAACAAGAUAAAAAUAAGGUACCUAUACAGCAUUAGUAACUCAAGAGUCUGUUAUUACAGCAUGUGGAUCCUAUGCUACUACCUGAUCUAUUUUUUAUGUUUCCUCAGUUUUUUAUAUGGCAUUAGACUAUUCAACAACAAUUUAAUUAAUAUAUAUGCAAUCAGGACAUGCAAAAUUGAUAAUUUAGCAAAUUAUAUUUUAUCUGAAAGCACGUUCAUAAGCCUAUACUGGGCCAUUAUCAACUUUAACGUUUUUAUGAGUAAGUAUACGGACUCCUUCUACAUUUCAAAUUAUAUAAAAUUGAACUUAGAAUUUAGCACAGGGAAGAAGAAGCUUUUUUUUUUCGUAAAUUAUUUUUAUCAAAUAUUGCUACUAAGUUAUACGAUUUACAAAAAUGUUUCGCUGUAUAAUAAGGGGCUGUACAAUUUGAACCAAAUUGUGUGUGCCCUCAUUUUUCUUUGUCUAAUCCUGUACACUAUUUUAGAAAUCACCUAUGUGUUGGAAAUAAAUAAGCCCUGCUACUACGGAGUUACGAAGUUGUCCUUCAACUAUAUAUGGGCCAUCAUUUACCUAUUUGUGAUUUUCAUUUCCUCCGUCAUUUUUUACUUUUCUGUUUUUAGUUAUUCCAUCAAAGACCAGUUUGUGAAUUUUCAAAUCAUGCUCUGGUUUUUUUUUAUUUCCCUAACUUACAUAAAAAGGAACCAAUUGUUUAUAAAGGUUUGA